GGUCAGAUAAGAAAUAUCAACAAAACAGAAAACAAAAUGUUUAAAUUAAUUGAAGUAAAGCCACAACGUUAUCCCACAAAUCUAAUAAACAAAGACUGGUCAAAACGUAUUAUACACCAUCGAGCCGAUCGUUUGGACUUUCUGAAAAAGGUGCAUGAACUUGAGGUUUACGAUGAUGAUGUUUGGCUGGUAACGUUGCCGAAAUGUGGCACCACCUGGAUGCAGGAGCUGUUGUGGUUGGUGAUGAAUGAUUUCGAUUUUGAGACAGCAUUAAAGACUGAUUUGGAAUUCAGAUCACCAUUUAUGGAAUUUGAGUAUAUAGUUAAUGAAAACUUGGAAACAGCUUUUAAACCACUGGAAAGUUUAUCCCGACCACGACUCAUUAAAACCCACUUUUGUUUGCCACUGCUGCCAGCACAAAUCUGGGAUAAAAAGCCUAAGGUUAUUUAUGUUGCUCGCAACAUACGCGAUGCUUAUGUCUCCGAAUAUUAUCACACACGCAGUUUAGGAGUUUCUAUGGGUAAAACCAUUGAUGAAUACAUCAAUCAACAAAUGGAAGGUCCCACCAUACAAGAACCAUUUUCAAAUUUAACCGAAUUUCAUGCGCUACGCAAUGAGUCAUGGCUGUACUACACCAGCUUUGAACGCAUGAAACUUGAUUUGCGUCAAGUCAUUACGGAGGUCUGCAACUUUCUAAACAAAACUAUAACGGAAGAGACAAUGGAGAGAAUGUUAAAGCAUUUAUCGUUUGAAGAGAUGAAAAUUAAUCAAAAAACAAAUCAUAUUUGGGAAUUUGAACAAGUUAGAAAGAAGCUGGGUUUACCCUACGAACAUCAUAAUUUUGUACGCAAAGGUCAAGUUAAUGGUUACAAAGAGGAAUUAUCCCCCCAAAUGGUAGAGAAAUUGGAUAAAUGGGUUACGGAGAAUUUAAGCAAGCACCAGAUUACCAUGGAUGAAUUGUUGCUACUGAAAUGAUGUUAAAAUUAAUAAAGUAAUUUGAGAUUGUUUUUGCAUUUUAUUUUCUUUCUUUCUUCUAUUUAUGUUUUGAGAUAUUGUGUUCAUUAAUUUUAAUAAAAAAAAUUAAUAAAAUUGUAUACAUGUUAAUUAAAAAAUA